AUGGCUCACCUUUCUGAACAAGAGCGUGACACCAUCGACCAAAACUCUCUCGGCGACUCGCUCUAUACCGUUCGGGAGGCAUUGCGUGAGGCGGAACGAAACACUCACCGCGAAGACCCUCAAUCGGAUGAUAGCAUAGGAACCCCAGAACGGCCGCGCUUAUUCGUGGUAGCGAUAGGGAAGCUGCUCUCUAUCCUGUCUGCUUCCGAUGCAUCCCCGCUACUCGCCUCAAGGAUGGGAAGGGAUUCCCUUGGGUCUGACAUCAUGGCAGUUCGUCAACGUGUACAGAAAAGCGACUUUGAGUACCAAAAUUUUCGCCCAUUAGCGCAGGUUGUGAUCAAACAGGCAAUAGAUGUUGACAUCUGGUCUGCCGUCAUCGCCCUCGUCCGAUCAAUUUCUCACUCGACUCCACCGCCGAGCCUUCCCCAAUCCUUCGAAACUCCGAUUACCCAUUCAUCCGCUUCGCAGCAAGGCUCGGAACAGACACGACGGAAAAUUGAACCUCGCGUGUUCGAAGAGAUUCGUCACUGUACGCACCGUGCUGUCGAGGGAUUCCACGAGAAAUAUUUUCAAGGACACAAAUGGAACAGGCGAGCCAAGCGAAUCUGGCAGAGCGUCAGGAGCCGCUAUAACGACAAUGAUAAGAGGUGGACACAAUUACCUGACGCAGCCACCGAGGACGAGGUAUGUGGCUGGUUGCUCAAUUUGCAACAAGAGCUCUUGCCAACCGAACGAGCUGCGUACUUCAGGAGCGACGGACGCAAUAAAGUUGGGGCUGACGUGUCACGGCAACUGGAUCUUUUUGUCAAAAUGAGAAGAGACAAGGCAGCAGACGCGACGCACGACUGGAGACACGUGUUGGUCGUCGGCGAGCUCAAGCAGUCUGACCAUAAAAACAAGACCUUAUGGCUUCAGGUUGGCAGUGCUAUACGAAUGGUGUUCGCUCACCAGCCUACACGACUGUUCGUACACGCCUUCACUCUGACUGGGACAGAGAUGGAGACAUGGGUCUUUGACCGGUCUGGGCCGUACAGCGGAGCUACGUUUGACAUCCACAAGGAGCCUGAGAAAUUCAUCAGUGUCUUGUGUGCAUAUUUGAUGAUGAGUGACGAGGAGCUAGGCUUGGACACCUUUACCAACGCAAAAGACAACAAACUAUUUGUCACGAUGUCUGUUGAAGCUUGCGGAAAGAAGCGGAAACGGCAACUCGAACUCGACCCCAAUCCAAUCGCCCGUCAGCGAGCAAUUGUCUGUCGUGGCACGUCUUGCUUCCUUGCGAAGGCCGCUGGCGCAGCAGAAUUUGACAAAGUUGUAAAAUACUCUUGGACUUCUGAUAUGCGACUACCUGAGGCUGAUCUUCUUAACAAGGCGAACGAACGUGGCGUUAAGGGUCUCGCGAAAGUGGUUGGCUAUCAGGAAGAGUUUCCAGGUCUCAGCGUUGCCAGCAGUGAACACAGAAAGAGGAAGUCAUCAGAUUGGUCAAGCAAUGUGUCUAAGAGAUCUCGGUCGAACAGCCAGCCGGCCGAGGCACAAAACAGAGAGAACCUAGCAACCUAUCCCGUCCAAGAACCGCAGGGCACUAGUCUUGUUCAGCAAAAUCAAGAUCAGGCACCUUAUGCCAACCGCAUCUUUCGCGUAUUGGCCAUCUCUCCUGCGGGCCGAUCCAUUAGCCAGUUCAAGGCAGUUUGCGAGCUCCUUGAAGCCCUUCGUGAUGCCAUCAAAGUGCAUCGAUCACUCUACACAGAAGGGAAAAUUCUGCACCGAGACAUUUCCGAAAACAAUAUCAUUAUCACCGACCAGGGGAAUGCAGACGGCUUCAAAGGCAUGCUCAUCGAUCUGGACUUAGCUAAGGAAGUAGGUAAAGGUCCUAGUGGAGCCCGGCAUCGGACGGGCACGAUGGAAUUUAUGGCGAUUGAAGUUCUUCUAGGAAUUUCGCACACGUAUCGCCACGAUCUCGAGGCAUUCUUUUACGUUCUUUUAUGGCUCUGCGCUCGUCGAGGGUGGGCAUUAUCAGGAGCCUCAGGCCGGCGGCCCAAAAAAAGCAUGCUCUCGCGGUGGUAUACAGGAGCCUACGAAGAUAUCGCGCAAAGCAAGCGUGGGGACAUGGACAAAAACGGACUAGAAGUCAUCCUGAGAGAAUUUCCAGAAGAUUUUGAUAGUGUCAAGCCUUUGUGCAGGGCAAUAAGAGAUGUCCUAUUCCCGCAUAAAGAUGGUCUGUUCACUGGCACUCCACAGGAUCCGAAUAUUUUGUAUGAUCCAAUCAUCAAAGCAUUUAAUGAUACCAUAGCAGGGAUUGGGUUGGGAGAGUCACACUUGAAAAGUCAAAGGCGAGCAUAUCCGCUGCUCUCGGAAGAUGUAGCGUCCACAUACCGAAGUUCGAAAGCACUACGAAUGACAAAGAAGAUCCAGCAAUUGGUAGGGGGCGCCAUUGCCCUUACAGCGGGUGCGAGCGAAUCGAACCCUUUUCGAAACGGAAGGAACUGCGUAUACACUUCCGAACGCGUAAAUUUGUCGCUUAGUCCCCCAGUACAAGCAGAUGGUAACGAAAACCCCGCAGAUGUUGAAUGCAACGAAGUGUGCCAAUGUUGUGCCUAUCGCUUUAGAGUUGCGAGCAAGUUCUUGAGACAUACACCGGAUGUCUCAGAGAUGGAUAUGCAUCAAGCGAGCUAUGCGACAAAGCGACGCGAUGUGAUAAUCGAGCGCGUGGACGAGGAGCUACGGCUUGCGGAAAACCAGAAGAGAGCACGGGGAAUGGCAGACGACUACGCAGAGACGUGCAAACUAGUCAAAUUGUCUCACGUCGAUCUUUCGACCACUGGUGUUGACCACGGUAUUGCGUCAUCCGUACCGAACACUCUGGAUGGUAUCAGAAACGCACUGCCGUCGGACACGUUAUUAGCAGCAGCUCAAAGCAUUAACGAGCCGUUGAAAGUUUGCCAGCCCAUAACACAGCUGACAGAAUCAGCAGAGGACCUAGCCGCCUUUGAGCCAAUGCCGAACUUGACCGCGUACAAUGCCCCGAUUCACAACGAGAUUAACUGGUUGUCAUGGAUUCAACAAACUGAGGCUUAG